UUUUAAUCGCCACAAGUAGCGCUCUUUUAGCUCGUGUUGUAUCAUGAGAUAAUAUAAACAGUUUACGACAUUCGUAAAUUUUAAAUAAAUUAUUCUGUAAUAUAAAUGGAAGGAGUUCUUUACAUAAUAUCAAGUAAAAUACGAAUUUACAAUGAGUGCACACAUUAAUACAAACACUGUAGUGUCAAGAAAAAUGAAUGAAGAACCUUCAACAAGACGUGCUAUAUUAACAGUUACUUUGGUAUUUGUUGCAUCACUAACUGCUCUUUCUUAUGUCUAUAUGAGCUUUCCAGAAUUAGCAGAGGAAGAGAAGCAAUAUAUGAAAUUACCAUUUCAUAUAGAGGAUGCACAAAAUCUUGGAAAGUUACUAGGAAGAUACAAGGAUCGCUAUUAUUUUGAAGUAUUGACAGGACUAUUCAUUACUUAUAUAUUUUUGCAAACGUUUGCAAUUCCUGGAUCGAUUUUUCUGUCGAUAUUGUCUGGAUUCUUAUUCCCAUUUCCUAUUGCACUUUUAUUAGUAUGCUCAUGCAGCGCAGUUGGUGCAACGCUUUGUUAUCUUUUAUCAUCAUUAUUAGGAAGAAAGUUAUUAUAUAAAUAUUUCCCAGACAAAGCUAAUGAAUGGACAGUGAUGGUAGCUAAGCACAGUGAUAAUCUGUUAAAUUAUAUGCUAUUUCUUCGAAUGACACCAUUCCUGCCUAAUUGGUUUAUAAAUUUAGCUAGUCCUGUAAUAGGAGUCCCUGUAGUACCUUUUACGGUGGGCACAUUUUUUGGUGUUGCACCACCAUCAUUUGUAGCGAUACAAGCAGGACAAACAUUACAUAAAUUAACGUCAUCUAGUGAUGCAUGGUCCUGGAAUAGUAUGAUCAUAUUAUGUAUCUUUGCAUUGCUUUCUUUAGUACCUGUCUUAUAUAAACAAAAGCUCAAAGAAAAGUUUCAAUAAAUUGUAAGGACAAUCGUUCACAUCUUGACAUUCCCCAGGUCUAUUCAUUGGAGAUGCAUUUUAUGUUCCUAUUUAGGAAUAUAUUAUGUUAAUAAAAUAAUUAUUGAAAAAUUUGAGUAUAAUAUAUAAUUAUUAUUAUUUAAGAGGAUAUAUUUUUUAUCCUUUUCUAUAUUUAAUCGCUUUCAAACUUAUUCUGUUAAUAAAGAGAAUUUAUUUUUGUUUC